GAGAAGCAAGCAGGAGGGGCAGGACUUGGGGCAGAGGAGGAGGAGGAGGGCCGCUCCUCUUCUCUCUCUUCCAGAAGGAUGGCGCUCUGGGCUCUGGCGGCGGGGCUGCUGGCCUGGGCUUCGUGCGAGGAAGACGCGGCUGGUGAUGUCCAGCAACGUUGGAGCAACUGGACCUGCUCCUUGCCCAUUAUACCGAGGGUCAUAAAGGGCAGCGGGACUGUCAGCCUGCAGGAAGCAGCACUGGGCCAGGACGGGUAUCCGCCUCGACUGCAGCUUGCUCUGGAGGUCGAAGGAGAGCACUUGAUCCUGGAUUUAGCACAGAAUAGGGAGUUGCUGGCGGGCACCCAAGGACUCUUCUAUUACCUUCCCGACGGGACGAGGGCAAUGCAUCCGACAGGCACAGAGGGUAACUGCUGUUACCGGGGUGGAAUCCAGGGGUACCCUGGCUCUCGGACCAACAUCUGUAUUUGCUCCAGGUUAAGUGGCCUCCUUGUUGUAUCCAAGGAGAGAAGCUACAUCCUUGAAUCCAGAGAUGAGGAGACCAGAGCCUAUCGACUCAAGGCAGUCAGGCAAGCGUCAGGGGAGUGCAGGCUGGUUUCUCCAUCCCCGGAACAGCUUCACUCGCACAUGGAACCAGAGAAAACUCUGCAUCAUAGGGCGAAGCGAGAUGCAGAGACGGAAAACAGAUACGUGGAACUGGUGAUUGUGGCUGACAAGGCUGAGUUCAACUUCUUUCCUGACAUCAAUCGAAUCCAUUUCCGGAUGCUGGAUAUUGCCAGCUAUAUGGAUGGGUUUUACCAGAUGCUGGGUCUGCGGGUGGCACUUGUUGGAGUUGAAAUUUGGAAUGAGCAGGACGCUGUGUCAAUGGCUGGUUCUCCUCGAGAGGUGCUGGAGCGGUUUCUGCAGUGGAGGGAGAAGGAUCUGCUUCCCCGGAUACCCCACGACAACGUCCAGCUCAUCAUGGGCUCCCCAUUCCCUGGUAGCAUGAUUGGGGCAUCUACUCAAGGUUCCAUCUGCUCCAAGCGUUCAGGUGGGAUCAGUAUGGAUCAUUCAGUCAGCCCUUUGGUGAUGGCCUCCACCCUGUCCCACCAGCUAGGCCACAACCUCGGUUUCAACCAUGAUGGCGCUGGCUGCGGGUGUGACGGAUCCAGCCCCAAUCUCCCUCCAGGCCACAGCUGCAUCAUGGAGCCACCCACACCGCUUAUGCCUGGGCUGACUUUCAGCAGUUGCACUCAUCGGCAAGUCAAAGAGAUCCUUCAGAGCAAUCGAAUCUGGUGCCUCCGGGACGUGCCGGAACCAGACCGACUGGUGGGUUCCCUCUGUGGGAACCGUCUUGUGGAGCCAAGAGAGGAAUGUGAUUGCGGCCUCAGGCAGGAGUGUGAAGACCCAUGUUGCAAUGCAGCCUACUGCCGCCUGAUGUCAGGAGCCCAGUGUGCCACAGGGGGAGCCUGUUGCCAUAAGUGCAAGCUGCGCAGUGCUGGAUUUGUCUGCCGUGAACCACAGAAUGAAUGCGACCUCCCUGAAUUCUGUGAUGGGAUCUCCCCACGCUGCCCCACUAAUGUCCACAAGCAGGAUGGCACACCAUGCGAAGGAGGGAAGGCCAUUUGCUUUGAUGGGGCCUGCCCCACUUACCUGAGCCAAUGUCAAGAGCUCUGGGGUCCAGGUUCUGUCCCCGUCUCUGAUACCUGUAUAGCCUCUCUGAAUAGCAGAGGAGACCUCAAGGGACACUGUGGCCAGAAAGCCAAUGGCUCCUAUAUUCCAUGUGACAAAAGUGAUGUGUGGUGUGGUCGACUUCAGUGUCAAGACAGUGGCGUCAAUACUAGAAAGCAGAACAGGACCACUAGGGAGCCUGCCUGCCCACACAGUGCUCUGAAUCCUGCUGAUGACACAGUUGAUCUGGCCAUUGUGUUGCCAGGCACUGCCUGCGGGCCUAGCAAGGUUUGUAUGGAGCGAAGAUGUCGGGACCUCUUGUCCUUGGAACUACCAAAAUGCCAGUGUAAUGGACAUGGGGUAUGUAAUAGCAAAGGGCACUGCCACUGUCAUCCGGGCUGGGCACCCCCAAACUGCCAGAGCAGUGGAGCUGGUGGUAGUGUUGACAGCGGCCCACCUGCCAAGGAGCAAGUCAACCGUGGCACCUCCACCGCCCUGCUGUUGACGGCUCUUUUCCUCGUCCUGGUGCUUUCCUUUGGACUGUGCUUCGCCAAGCGGAUCGGGAUCCACAAGCGCCUCUGCCAGUUUGGCAAGGGCACAAGCUGCCAGUACAGGAUCACACAGCCAGAACCUCGGAAUUACAGCCAGGCGCCUCCAGAGCGCCCCCGUCCUCCGCAGUGGAGGCAGAACACUGAACUCCAGCUCAUGCCGAGCUCCAAGCAACCUGUACAUCUUGGCGUCUCACGGCCCAAUCCACCGUCCAAGCCACUACCACCUGACCCAGUCCCAAAGGGUCAACAGGCCUUGAUCCAAGACAGGCCCGCACCCCCCACGCGGCCAUUGCCUGCUGACCCCAUUCCAAAAGAUGCUCAGCCCCCUGGUCCAGCCAAACCACCCCCUCCCCGGAAGCCGCUUCCUUCAGAUCCACCUCGGGCUGAGCUGUGUGCCUUUCCUAGCUAUGAUCCUUGUGUCCAGAUGUUGCCAUCCAGACCUGCACCACCACCUCCUCCUCCAGCGACUGGCCCUUCAAUGUCCUUCCAUGAAAUCUAAUCCAGCCUGCUGAAGUCUGAGGAUUUUGCUGCAUUCAAGCCUGCCCCUCUUUGGUCAAGAAGGACAGCCAGAAAACAUGGUGCCAGUCCGUUCUUGGCUCUUGCUUUGCUGGCUUCAGCUGUGGAUUUUGCCGAGGAUGUUUCGUACUCUUGGUGAGGCUAGGCUGUUCUCUCCUGUGGUCAGAUGUUGCACUCCAUACUUGGCCAAAGUACGGCCAUAUUGGCUCAAAGCCGCCUCCUCCGUCCUGCUGUGGCUUCGGAGUCUGGACACAAUGAAUUAUGGGAAAGGGGGGGAGUCUUUGCACUGGGAAAUGAGAGGGGGUGGGAUUCCCCCAGUGAAGCUCUGUGCACAUGAGAAAAAAGGCAUAGAGGUUUGUGUGUGUGUGUGUGUGUAUGCGUGUGUGCGUUACUAUCCAAAAGUCUCUGACGGAAGCCAUUUCCAAAGGGAAUGCUCCCUUCUUCACUCCUGGCUGGACAUUAUUUGUCAUUAUGGGACUGGGCUCCAAAGCAACUUUUCUUCUUAAUAAAAUCACACUGACUCCA